AAUUUAUAUCGGUCAAAACUUCAAUUAUUACUUCCAGGUAUUCUUAAAGAAGGUAAUAUAAUUGUAGGAAAUUUUCAUCUCUCACUCUGCUGCUGCAGACGGACAACUCUUCUUGAAAGUGACAAUAGCUCUCUCAUGAUCAUUCUUAACAUGUGA